GAGCAUCUCACUUGCUCCGCCGCCCUUCCUUUGCCUUCCUCGCUUCCUCUCACACUCUCACCUUUACAUAUCAUAUUCGGAACAGAGAAAAACGUAAUGUGAAGUUGAGUAACAGAAGCGUAAUAAAGAGGAGGAGAUCGAGUAAAGAAGGAGAGGGGAAAGGGUACCGAGUAUUACCCUAAUUUGGCACUGCUCCUCAUGGCCAGAUCGCCCGACUUCCACCACCGCGCCAGCGGCGGCGGUGGCGGCGGACGGACGAACCUGGCCUCUUGCCUCCUGGCGACGGCCUUCCUUCUCCUCCUCCUCGUCGCCGCUACCGUCGCCCUCUUCAUCCUGUUCCGCCCCCGCGACCCCGAGAUCCGGGUGUCGGCCUUCCAGCUCCCCGGCUUCGCCGCCGCCAACGGGACCCUCCGCUUCACCUUCAACCAGUACGCCGCCGUCCGCAACCCCAACCGCGCCGCCUUCUCCCACUACGACAGCACCCUCCAGCUCGUCUACGCCGGAAACCAGGUGGGGUUCAUGUUCAUUCCGGCGGGGCAGAUCGCCGGCGGCCGCACCCAGCACAUGGCCGCCUCCUUCCCCGUCGACGCGCUCCCACUGGCCGCUGUCGCCGCGCUGCCCCCCGGUGCCGCGGGCGCCGUCGAGGUCGACUCGAGGAUGAGCGUCAAGGGCCGGGUCCGAGUGCUGCGUUUCUUCACGCACCACGUCCAGGCCACCGCCGGCUGCCGCGUCGGGAUCUCCGCCGCCGACGGUUCGGUUCUAGGGUUCCGGUGCUGAUCGAUCCGGCCCCAAUUAAAUGAGCGGAAAAUUGCACGAGAAUUGAGCGAACAAAACAAGAGAGGAAGAAGCAGGAUGAGAUGAUGGACAUGGUGGCUCACUCGGGGGGCUCAUGCAGCAUCCUGUAGGGAGGAUGAUGAAGAUGGCUCGAGGGGCAGUUGAUACCAUGAAGAAUGCUUUGGGUAUAUGGGUGGCACCACCACCUUCAUGGACUCUUUUGCUUCAGCUCCAGGUUGCCACCUUUCUCAACUUGAGAAGCUGCAUCAUUGCAUCCCACCGACAGCUCCACGUGAAGAGCUGCUGCCCAUCAGUGGGUUGAAUAGAAGAAGAGAGCAGUCAAUGGAUAUAAACUACGUGGCGACGCCAUCAUUCCUGCUUCUUCCAGACCAAGUAACCAUGGCAGCUUCGAUCGAGUCUUCCUCCUACUUUUAGCCCUUUGCCUUUCUGACGGGAACCUCAACGAUCCUUUUACCCACCCUUUGGUAUGAGCAGAGCAGUGGGAGAAGAGAUGUGAUGACCACUGGGAAUUAAGAACAGUUGUGGCCAAGGAAAUCAUGUCAGGAUUCCACCCACUCGAGACACCAUGACAAGCCAAUGACUGCAGCUCACACUCGUCCAUUCCCAUCACCCCCCCUCCUCAUGACGCAGACGCUCGAGUCUUUGAUUCCCUGCGA